UCACAUCUCUGACAGUGUCAGCACGUGCAUGAGAAUUUGUUUUGUGACAGAUGUGAGAGGAGUUAGCUGCUCUAAAUAUCUUAAAAUGGGUAAAACAAAAUUUAAUAAAAAAGGCCGGAAAAAUCCGCAAACGAUAAUUGAUAAUUCAACGGCUAAAGAUAUUCAAAUCGAAGGCGAGGAUGUGGUCCAGGGCAACGAAUCCAUUCCCACUGGCUACGACGAGGCAAAUGCUUUAGCUUUGCCUUCAAAGAAACGGGCAACAAAAAUUGUAGAAAAAGAACAUAAAGUUGUGAAAAUUCUAACAAAGAAGCAACGGAAGAAUUUACAGGCCAUAGUGGACAAGAAAAAAAAGCGAGAAGGUCGCGAGCAAUUGCUGAAAGAUCUGGGUGCUGUACAAAUUCCGGAGACCGAACUAAAUCAGUACACAUCAAUAAGCCAAGUCCAAACGGUGGGGCUAAAACGCCUGCACAAGAUCGACGAAAUACUGGACAAGAAAAAGGAGCGUCAAUCUCAACAAAAAAUGGAAAACGAACAGAGCAAGGGCGGCGCCCAACGUGUUAAUGCGCUCAAAGGCGGCAAGCGUAAGCUGCUUGUAGAGGAGCAAGAAGAGAUUGAAGCCAAGCGCAUUAAUCCGAAUAUAGUUAAUGCAGAGGAAUCAGAGGAUAGUAGCGAGGAGGAGGAUUCCGCCAAUGACAAUGACGAAGUAAACGAGAAGAUGGAGGAAAAUCAGACUGACAAAGAACAGUCUUCUAAUGCAGAAGAAUCAGAAGAUGAUAAUGACGAAGACGGUAACGGAGAGGAAGAGAAAGAGGAAGUAGACAGUGGCGAGGAAAAAAAGGAGAUGAAGAAAAAUCAGACUGAUCUGACAGCUAAAGGCGAACAACAGCCACCAGCUACAAAUGAGCAAGUUGCUCUCGCAAUGCAGCUAGCUAAUCCAUCAACAAUGACUAUUCGUAAAGCCGACGGCAAAGCAUCUCCCGCUUCUGCCGGAACACCAACAUCUGUUCACAAGACAGUCUACGUGCCAGUCAAUCGCACAGCUGAGGUGCAGGAGGCUCGCCUCCGUUUACCCAUACUGGCCGAGGAACAGCAGGUGAUGGAGCUGAUCAAUGAGAAUCCCAUUGUUAUAAUUUCUGGUGAAACUGGGUCCGGCAAAACAACCCAAAUACCGCAAUUUUUGUACGAGGCCGGGUAUGCCUUGGAUAAAAUGAUUGGCAUCACCGAACCACGUCGCGUGGCUGCCAUAUCGAUGUCGCAGCGUGUGGCCCACGAAAUGAACUUGCCCAGCAGCGAGGUAUCCUAUCUAGUGCGCUUCGAGGGCAACGUGACCCCAGACACCAAAAUUAAGUUUAUGACGGACGGCAUUCUUCUGAAAGAGAUUGAAACCGAUUUUCUGCUAAGCAAGUAUUCCGUGAUUGUGCUCGACGAGGCCCACGAGCGUACCAGCAACACUGAUAUAUUGAUUGGAUUAUUGUCGCGCAUUGUGCCUUUGCGCAACAAACGCUCGAAUGAACUAAAGCUGAUCAUCAUGUCGGCCACGCUGCGUAUCACUGAUUUCACGGAGAACGCUCACUUGUUUAAAGUGCCGCCGCCAGUGAUCAAAGUGGAGGCCAGGCAGUAUCCCGUGACCAUUCACUUCCAGAAGCGCUGUCCCAGCGAUUAUGUAGAGGAAGCCUUUAGGAAAACCGUGAAAAUUCACGCAAACCUGCCGGAGGGCGGCAUCUUGAUCUUUGUAACAGGGCAGCGCGAGGUGAUGCGACUAGUGUUCAAAUUGCGUCAGGCCUUUCCGUACGUGGUAGACGAAAAUGACUUGGAGACAAAGCAGAAGCUACAUGUGCACCUGGCCGAGAGAAGUGGGGAGAAUUGCGAAGGGAAGAAACUCGGUAGGGUGCGCGUAGCACGUCGUUUACGUAGAAAGAAGUAUGAAAUCCCUCCAUUGCCUAAGGUCAAUUUGGAUGACUAUAAGCUGCCAGGCGAGGAGGAAGAGCUGGACGAGGAAUUCGAUACAAGGAAGGAGAAAUACUUUUCAAAUGAUUUAUUGCCUAAGAUCAAUAAGAAGGAUGCUAAGCUGCCAAGCGAUGAUACAGAUGAUGCAGAUAUGUAUGACCCAUCAUAUAUGCCGCCCCCGGAUAAGAGUUAUGAGGAUGAUGAUGAGUGUGGCGAUGAGAAGCAGCAACAGGACACUUAUAAUAUGGCUAACCUACAGAGCUCAACAUCCAAUCAGCCCAUGUGGGUGCUGCCAUUGUACUCGCUGCUGCCGACGGAGGAGCAGCAACGCAUCUUCCAGCCAGCGCCUGACGGCUGCCGCUUCUGUGUGGUGGCCACCAACCUAGCGGAGACGUCUCUGACCAUACCGCAUAUCAAGUAUGUUGUGGAUUGUGGCAAACAGAAGACACGGCUUUACGACAAGAUAACUGGAGUCAGCACAUUUAUAGUGACGGACACAUCGAAAGCAUCCGCUGAUCAGCGAGCUGGACGCGCUGGUCGCAUAAGUGCUGGGCAUUGUUAUCGCCUCUAUUCGAGUGCACUGUACAAUGACGUCUUUCCGGAGUUUAACCCUCCAGAUAUCUUGCAAAAGCCUGUUGAUGAUGUGAUGUUGCAAAUGCGCAGCAUGGGCAUCGAUCGUAUCAUGAAUUUUCCGUUUCCAUCGCCGCCUGAUCUAGCGCAGCUGAAGGCGGCCGAACAGCGUUUGCUAGUGCUGGGCGCCUUAGAGCAAUCGAAAACAGAUGGGUCUGAGGGGACUAUUCCGCCACGUGUUACUCCUCUGGGCGAAACUAUCGCUUGCUUUCCAGUGGCCGCACGCUUCGGCAAAAUCCUUGCAUUAUCCACUCAAUUCGACCUGAUGCCCUACACAGUUUGUAUGGUUGCAGCUUUAUCAGUGCCGGAGGUGUUCAUCCCACCGCGUGACAUUAAACCGGACGAUGUACAGCCCAUGCCGAUGAGUGUAAGGGACGGAUACUGCAAAUUACAAACCGGAGAAUUCUAUAUGCUGGGUGAUCCGAUGAUGCUGAUGCGUGCUGUGUGUACCGUUGAACAUCUCGAAAUCAACUCACGAGGAGGUAAGUUCUGUCUCCUCAACGGAAUCCGCGUAAACGCCAUUGAAGAGGUGCGCAAGCUACGUCGUCAGUUGACCAACGACAUCAAUCUGCUCAUACCGGAUAUAAAUCUGUGCAUUGAUCCGAAAUUGCGUCCUCCAUCUAAGGAACAAGCCCGAGCCAUGCGUCAAAUCCUGCUUGCGGGAAUGGGCGAUAGAGUGGCGCGCAAAGUGCCGCUGGAUGAGAUUAGCGACAAGGAGGAGCGACGCCGGCUUAAAUAUGCCUACAACUGUGCCGAUAUGGAGGAGCCGGCAUUUCUGCACUCUUCUUCGGUGCUGAAGCCAGCAAUACCUGACUGGAUCGUAUAUCAGGAAGCAUUUGAGCUACAGCAUGGCGAAGGCACCAAGAUGUACCUAAGUGGCAUUACGGCCAUUGAGCCGGAAUGGCUGCUGACCUAUGUGCCGCUCCUAUGCAAUGUACACGAGGUGUUCGAGGAUCCACCACCUCGCUAUGAUGAAGACAAUGGUCGCAUCUUCUGCUUUGCAAAGGUGACAUUCGGCAAAGCAGGCUGGGUGCUGCCUCUGCACGAGCUACGAAUGCCACGCAGCAAGAAGGCGUGCUGUUACUUUGGAAUGUACCUACUGGACGGAUUGGUUUGCCCUGCUCUGGCUGCCUUUAAGCCGAAAUUGAAGUCGUCGCCCUCUUCGCUCAUCAAGAGCUGGUCGGAUCUGAAUGACAAAGUGCUGCGCUUCAAGCGUGCUUUGAUAAAUAAACAAAUCGACUCGCGCGAAUCACUCUUUGACCAAUGGAAGGUCCAAACCGAUUUCCUUUUGGAUGAAUAUCAUCAGCUCCUUUACGACGUAUCUAUCAGCGAAUUGACUAAAAUUUGGCCACCGAUGGAAAAGGUUGAAGAUAGCACAUAAAUUUCAAAAAUAUUCUCAUAUCCCGUAUUCAAUAUAAUGUUAGAAUGCAUCAUUGUAUGCAGCUGAAUGAGCAAAAAAUAACACAAUUUGGCCACCGAUGGAAAAGGUUGAAGAUAGCACAUAAAUUUCAAAAAUAUUCUCAUAUCCCGUAUUCAAUAUAAUGUUAGAAUGCAUCAUUGUAUGCAGCUGAAUGAGCAAAAAAUAACACAAUUGUGAUAAUAUUUAUAAUUGCAGACAUAAUAACAAUGAUAACUGUAAUAAUAA